AUGACCUCCUCUCAACAAACCCUCACUUCCGUCACUCCCGCCCCAACGCCCCAUCCGAGCGCGGGGCCCCUCUGUAUCGAGUGCUCGUGGCGUGCCAACCGCGCGCCCACGCUUCACAACGGGCAAUGUGUCGAAUGCAAGCGAUGGUUUACGACGGGGAUGGAUCCAGCCAUGGCUGCGCCUGUCCCUGCCACGGGUGUCGUGCCGUAUAACCCGUGGCCGACGCACGCGCCGUACCCGCCCCCGCCGCCUCCCUACCCGUAUCAGUUCAUGCCCAUCCAACCACCCGCGCCGCCCCCCAUCAUCCGCUGGAAAGACCCAGCUAUCGAAGCUACACACACCACUGUUCAGCCAAGCCGCCCCAGGAAGCGACGACGGACUGCCGCAACAACACCAGCACCGGCACCCUCAGCAGAUUCCACUUCCGUGCCAAGAUCCCUCCCAAAACCACCCCCACCGUGUCCAUAUCCGAUUCCUGACCCUCGUGGGCGGACAAAGCCAGUCGUAGUUCCUUACUCAACGCGCGAUGGGCCUCCACCCGAGCCGAUUCGGUACCAGAACCUAGCGCUCUUGCUUAAAGACCUUAAUCGGUUAUUAACGACACCGCACGAGGGACGGGAGUUUCAUUUUGUGGGGACAUACUCCAUCGUCGCCCAGGUCUAUCGUGGCGAGAGGGGGAGGGAACGACAGCGCGGCUUGCUGGAGGAUCGAUUACGCAGCGUUGCAUGGGAGGUGCUAACCAGUACGGGGGUUGUCGUCAACGUACCCGGUCUAAAGAUCAAAUACGGCGACAUCGACAUACCUUGCGCACACACUACCGCGGCAACGAUGGCCAACUGGGCACAUCCAAACUUUCCUCUCACUUCCGACUCCUCCAACGUGCCGUCCAUUCCACCGUGUCCACGCUGCUACCACACCCUCUCCGUCCGUGUGACCUCGCUGUCUGACGCGGAGCUCGACGCUGUGCCUGGAUGGGCGGCUGGUCGCAAGGCGAUGCUCACACGCGGAGAGGAGCUGACUGUCGGUGCUGAACGAAUCGAGCUAGGCUUGAAGCAUGAUCCCGGGCAAGGAGCGUGA